AUGGUGUACCUGUGCCAGUGCGUGCAAGUCCCGUGCCCCGUCGUGUGGCGCCGGCACCCCAGCGUAGGAAUCCUAGAGGGCGUCGUGUUGCCCUCCUUCUCUGGGUGCUUCUGGACCCUCGAGCUGAUAUUAAUAUGCGGCGGACGGCCGCUCCCCACGGUCCACAUGGGGUACGGCCAGCGGCCGCCGCCUGGCAUGCCGCCGGGCUAUGGCUUGACGAGCAACGGCUGCUACCACGGGCCACCCGCCCGACUACCCGUGCCAACACCCCAGCGGCUACGAUGA